CCCAUAAAGCCCAGUCGCAUAUGUUUUCUUCUUUCCCGGAUGUAGCAUCACAUGGAUUGACUGUCAACAUGCAAGAUGGCCACGCAUCACAGGCAAAAUGCUGCUGGGCGGAGAAAAGUACAGGUGUCUUAUGUCAUUCGGGAUGAGGUGGAGAAGUACAAUCGGAAUGGGGUGAACGCACUGCAGCUGGACCCAGCGCUGAACCGCCUCUUCACCGCUGGGAGAGACUCCAUCAUCCGGAUAUGGAGUGUCUACCAGCAUAAACAGGACCCAUACAUCGCCUCGAUGGAGCAUCAUACCGACUGGGUUAAUGACAUAGUUCUCUGUUGCAAUGGCAAAACGCUGAUAUCGGCCUCGUCAGAUACAACAGUCAAAGUAUGGAACGCGCAUAAGGGCUUCUGUAUGUCAACGUUACGAACACACAAGGACUACGUGAAAGCUCUGGCAUACGCUAAGGACAAGGAGCUCGUGGCGUCAGCAGGUCUCGACCGGCAGAUCUUUCUUUGGGAUGUGAACACGCUAACGGCCCUCACCGCUUCCAACAACACCGUAACCACCUCUUCACUCAGUGGGAACAAGGACUCCAUCUACAGUCUGGCUAUGAACCAGAUGGGUACAGUCAUUGUAUCUGGAUCCACAGAAAAGGUCCUGAGAGUGUGGGAUCCUCGAACAUGCGCUAAACUGAUGAAGCUAAAAGGCCACACGGACAACGUGAAGUCGUUGCUGCUGAAUCGUGACGGCACUCAAUGCCUGUCCGGCAGCUCCGACGGGACCAUCCGCCUGUGGACCCUCGGCCAGCAGAGGUGCAUCGCCACGUACCGGGUGCACGAUGAAGGCGUCUGGGCCCUGCAGGUCAACGAGGCCUUCACACACGUCUACUCUGGAGGCCGAGACAAGAAGAUCUACUGCACCGACCUCCGCAACCCAGACAUCCGUGUGCUGAUCUGCGAAGAGAAGGCCCCAGUGCUCAAAAUGGAACUGGACAGAUCUGCUGACCCACCUCCAGCAAUCUGGGUCUCCACCACCAAGUCAUCCGUUAAUAAAUGGUCUCUGAAGGGAAUGCACAACUUCCGGUCAUCAGGGGAGUACGACAACGACUGCACUACCCCUCUGACGCCGCUGUGCACUCAGCCAGAACAAGUCAUCAAGGGAGGCGCCAGUAUCAUACAGUGCCACAUUCUGAACGACAAGAGACACAUACUCACCAAAGAUACCAACAACAACGUGGCCUUCUGGGACGUCCUGAAGGCUUGCAAGGGUGAAGACUUGGGGAAGGUGGAGUUCGAUGAAGAGAUUAAAAAGCGCUUCAAGAUGGUCUACGUACCAAACUGGUUCUCUGUCGAUCUUAAAACUGGGAUGCUCACCAUCACGUUGGACGAGAGCGACUGCUUCGCUGCCUGGGUGUCUGCAAAGGACGCUGGCUUUUCAAGCUCCGAUGGAUCCGACCCGAAGCUGAACCUCGGUGGACUGCUGCUCCAGGCUCUGCUGGAGUUCUGGCCCAGGACUCGCAUCAACCCCAUGGACGAGGACGAGAACGAGGGGAUCCACGUGAACGGAGAGCAGGAGAACCGGGUCCAGAAGGGAAACGGGUAUUUCCAAGUGCCGCCACACACGCCCGUCAUCUUUGGGGAAGCAGGAGGCAGAACUUUAUUCAGGUUGCUAUGUAGAGAUUCAGGUGGAGAGACUGAGUCGAUGCUGCUGAACGAGACGGUGCCGCAGUGGGUCAUUGAUAUAACUGUAGAUAAAAAUAUGCCCAAGUUCAACAAAAUCCCGUUCUACCUCCAGCCCCAUUCUUCCUCCGGCGCGAAGACGCUGAAGAAGGAUCGCCUCUCGGCCAGUGACAUGCUCCAGGUGAGGAAGGUGAUGGAGCAUGUCUACGAGAAGAUCAUCAACCUGGACAACGAGUCGCAGACCACCAGCUCCUCGGCCAACGACAAGCCGGGGGAGCAGGAGAAGGAGGAGGACAUGGCCAUGCUGGCAGAGGAGAAGAUUGAACUAAUGUGUCAAGACCAGGUUCUGGAUCCCAACAUGGACCUGCGAACAGUUAAACAUUUCAUCUGGAAGAGCGGGGGAGACUUGACGCUUCACUAUAGGCAGAAGUCCACGUGAAAACUCCAGUUGUUAAAAGGGGACCUGUUCUUCGUCAUUUGCCAAUCACCACUCACCUGACAUGUAGGAGCCUAAACCCACCUGUGUGGUCCGGAGUCGCAGAAUCAAUGAGAACCCAGUAAAAAUUGUGACAACUAAUUGACCAGGACGGGCCGGAGCAGCGAGACACCCGGGAGACAAGUGGUCCGUAGUCUCUCUUUUCUUUAACAGUUGAUGAAAGGACUCUUUUUCUCCAGCACUCAACUUUUCUUUUUACUUUUGACUGCUCGGUUUGUUAAUUCCUUUCGAUUGGUGUUUAAUGGUGAAGCAACAAAGAUGGCCGUAGAUGUUUGUCGGAGUGUGUGUGCGUGCGUUUGUGUACACACACACACACGGAUGUAGUAGACUGUGUGUUCUAGUACAUUCCAGAAGGAGUCUCAGCACAGCAGGAUCACCGGUUUCGGUCUGAGUAGCGUUUUUAAGGCGAUCCUUAACUUACUUAACCUAGAAAUCCAAUUAUUGCAGAGCUAGAACCUCGUUGACAGGAACACUUGUCUUUGUCAUUUAUUUUUAGCUGUGCGGUCCUCAGUGGGUCUGAAUGUUCUGUAAAUGUCCAACUUUUUUAUUUUUAUUUAAGUGGCUUUGGUUUUGUUUUGUUGUUGUACAGUUUACUUCAAAACCAACUUAUUUUCCCCCUAAAUCCCUGGAGCACAUUCAUGGUCAUGAAGGUAAUUUGACUUGAUGUUUAAAAUGUGUUCAAUUCAUAUACACCUACAUUUUACUCUUUAAGAAUGUUAGUAGUUGUCCAAUUUGGAAGUUCUAUAUAUCUUUAAUUACAUCAUGCUUACCCGCUCUGCUUGGGUCAUGACACCAGUGAGGGCCGUCCUUAAGGUACAUUUCAUUUAGAUUUAAUCCACGAUGUCAUAAUGUCCAUGUCCGUCCCCAGUGGUCAAAUUCCCCCCAAAACCGAUGGGUACAAUAAUUAGGCUACAACACUGCAAUAUCCCUUGUAAUCAUUUGUGAAAUAUGUAUAUUUUAGGCAUUCAAAGAAAUAAAUUGGAAUGGUUCAACUGA